AUGGAGCCAGCUCCCGGUGAGGGAUCAAGCACGCCGGAGGAGGCUGGACCCUCCUCAUCCUCGGCUCCCGUUGAGAAGACAGAAGAACCGAAGCAACAGGCGCAACCGCCUGAAGGAGGACGGCAACAAGCCGUAGUGCAGGAGCACCUACAGCCGCAGCCUCUGUCGCAGCAGCCGCCGGUGCCGGCGGGGCUGAGCCGGUACGAGUCGCAGAAGCGGCGCGACUGGAACACGUUCCUGAAUUAUCUGCGCAACCACAAGCCGCCGCUGACGCUGCCCCGGUGCAGCGGCGCGCACGUCAUCGAGUUCCUCAAGUACCUCGACCAGUUCGGCAAGACCAAGGUACACGCCGACGGCUGCGCCUACUUCGGCCAGCCCAACCCGCCGGUGCCGUGCGCGUGCCCUCUUCGGCAGGCAUGGGGCAGCCUCGACGCGCUCAUCGGACGCCUCCGCGCCGCCUACGAGGAGUCCGGCGGCCGCCCCGAGUCCAACCCCUUCGCCGCGCGGGCCGUGCGCUUCUACCUACGCGAGGUGCGCGAGGCGCAGGCCAAGGCGCGCGGGAUCCCCUACGAAAAGAAGAAGCGAAAGCGCGGGAGCACUGCCGCCCCCGCGGCACCGCCUCCCGUCGUCACCGCUGCAGAGGCGGCAGGGACGUCGGGAGGCGGCGAGGACGACGACGACGAGCCGACACAGUCUACUGAGCAACGCCAGACGACGCCGGCAUCUCCUGCUACUCCGCCAACUCGAAGUAGUAGCGCGGGCGGUACCAGCACUACCGCAGCGGCGGCAGCCACCACAACAACGACGACGAGGGGGAAGGAAGCGGCAGAAGGAUCAGCGUGAUAAGUGUAGACCAUUAAUUUACCCGUUUGAUUAUUCCAUCACA